GAGCCAGUCAGCAGCAGGUAAACAAACCUAUCUGCCUGGGACGAGGAGCCAAACAAAGCGUAUGCAGUGUCGUUGCAUUUUUAAUGGCGGUGAAGAUGACAGACGAAAAAGAGGUGCGUCUGCCUUGAAGAAAAAACAAUCGUUGAAUUGUUAGUGAAGCAGAGAAGCGGCUCGACAUCAGUGUGAGGACCAGUUAAACCUGCAGUGGAGACCCGACUGUCGACAUCUGCGCAAUGAUGCAUUGCACCACUUCUGAGAAAAAAUGUGUUUUUAACCUCAUUCUCGUAAUGGAGCAUCUUAUCCGAGAUGUCGGUUGGGUCCUUUAGCUAACGUGUCAUUUAACGGUGCUGGACUGAAAACAACAUCCCACCUGGCUACAGUCAACAUGGGCCCUAUCAUGCAGGAACGCACAGCAUCCACGACACUGAAACGCGUCGUCUCCAAAGAGAAGAUUCGGGUAAAAAACACAGAAAAUAGCGUACCUGUUACCAGUUCAAAGAAAGGUAACAAGAUGAAGAAAGCAGUGGGCCAAAUGAAAUCUGGUCUCCCAGGACCGGGUCAGGAUAAGGACACAGUGAUGGCUGUGCAGAAGGGUGCCCAAUCAAAGGGUGGAAGAUUUAAAUCUGGCAUUUCCCGCAACACAAGCAAACUCUCCAGCCCAGAAGAAGGAGAUUUGAGAACUCAACGUUGCAAACCCUCAUCUGUGCAUAGGAAAGAGGAUAAACGAGAAAAUCAACAGAUGUCAUUGUGUGGCAGUGAGUUACAGCUGAACCGUGGGGGGAUGGGGAAAAAUCGCAGAGCCCUCUCCCUGCCCCUCUCCCCAAUAUCAGGGUUACGACACAUGCCCUCACACCCUCUAACACACUCCCCCGCUCCCACCCCAGAGGCACUACAACAGCACUACAACCAGAAAGAUGAUGACACCGACAGCGCCAGUGAUCUGUCAGACUCUGAGAGGUUGCCAGUGCUGCCUUCUCCUUGUACGCCCUGUACUCCUCCACACCUCAACCUGCGAGCUGAGGUCAUCAACACUAAUGACUUUCCCCCAGACUUCCCGGGACCCUGUGGCAUUGUUGGUGAUGAAGAUGAGACUGACAAACCCAGCUACAGUUACCCAGACUUUCUGCCUCCUCCCUUCAACAGCUGGAGCCUGAGACAGCUGGCAGUGUUUCUUCAUACAGAGGGCCGUGGUGCCCCCAGGCCCAAACCUGUAGGGCUGUUGGAGAAGUAUCUGGAGAGGCUGCUGCAACUGGAGUGGCUCCAGAUCCAGACAGUGCAGGCAGAGAGUAAUCGUCCUGCAGGAAGUCGUCUAAGGCCACAGGCCUUCCUCUCUGCCACCACAGCUCACUCACCCAGGCCUCACACAGCGCCACCGUCCCGUCUCAACUCCCCUAAAGGGUUACGGCAGAGCCAGCGAGCCUUUCCAUUUACACCUGUUAACAACCCACCAUCUCCUGCAUCCACCCAGCACCAGCUUUCACGCUUUCCAGUUUGUCCUCACUGUAACAUUCGCUACCCAAUGUGCAACGGAAGCUGCGCCGCUUACGCCUACCAGCGGCACUCACGACUAAGCCCACUGCUUGAGCGCAGAGCCAGGGCUGGGGCACCAGCAAAGCGGAGCAGCAGCGAGACCCGGGCACCUUCCACUGAUGGAAAGAACCCAGCAGGACAAGGUGGGGGUGGAGGAGGAGGAGGAGGAGGAACCCAGACCGCAGUGAGCCCUUCAGCUGGAAGGAGUCACCUCAGGCACAUGCAGGCCACUGGCAAUGCUCGAAAGCAACCCCAGGAAUCUGGGACUAACCCAAACUGUAGAGGUCAGGUUAGGAAAAGCCGCGUCAGAGCCAACUCUGAGACAGAUGUCAAAAAAGAGCCUGGUGACGUUAAAUCAGCCAUCACAGAUAAACGUGUUUUUGCUGCAAGUAAGAGAGAGGUCGUCACCUCUAAGAGGGUAGAAAAGGACUGGCAGACAACGGAAGGAGCCGGUCACGCCACUAAAACUUCCAUGAAAAGAGCUGCUAAAGAGCCACAGUUGCUCACCAAGGCACCGCUUACCAGUAAACAGAAUGGUAAAAUGAAAAAUGUGCAUUUUGUUGCAAAGUAGCCUACAGUAUAUAAAUCUUCAGUACAGUGCUUUACCUUGUGCUUACUUGACACAGGAGCUUGAAACUAUGCUUGCUUUCUAUGUAAUCUGUGUACUACUAACAUCUAAGUCUAAAUCAGCCUGUGGUGUGCUGCCUUCAAAAGGUCAAAACUAUCAGAGUUUGAGUAGCUAGAAUAAAACAACAUAUGACAUAAUAACAGAAUUGAACACAGAAUUUAAUUUAAAAUAUACACUAAUAAUAUGAUUUAGUUGUGUUUUGACCAAAAGUUCGUGAUAACCCUUAACUCUACUAAGAUUCUUAAAACACAGCUUUCAUGUUGCAUUGCACUAAUCUCUCAAUGUACUACCAGUGUUGACACAGGUGUAAAAUAAGCAUCUACUGUACUGUUGGACAGCUUUUAGCAUUUCUAAUCCAUAGUGAUGUUUCACACAGGUCAUCACAUUUCAUUCAUCAAAUGAGACCAUACAGUUUUUGAUGUAGGAAUGUAUUUGUAUUUGAUGCUCUUACUUGAUGUUGCUCUUUAUUUUGUUAUUUUUGUGCCUCAUGUUUUCAGAUGGGUUUUUUUCAAUUUAAGCAUCUUUGGCUGAAAAGGAGGAGGUGCAAUAAGUGGUAUGUACUGCAGUAACGUAAUUUGUUUAUGAUAUAUUUGUACUUUGGUUUUACUUUUUUGUUACAAGGGCUUUUCCUGCUUGAACAGCUUGAAUUGUAGUCUUGAGAAUGAACUGUAUUUUGCAUAGAGCUGAGCUCUUUAUCUCAUUGGAGAAGAUGGUGUGAUGUUUGCUACGGAUGUAAAAGCAUAUUUUUCCAAAUUUUAUAUACCAUAGUUCUAUUUAUGAAGAGUGUUGCAGUUGACUUUUAUUCAUCACUGUCAUUAUUAUGUUUACAUUGUCAUGCACAGAAAGAAAAAAUAAGAUUUUUAGUAAUAGAACUGAAUGUCAUGUCAUCUCUAUUAAUGCUGUACCUUUCGGCCAUUUGCAGGAUUCAUGAAAACUUAAAUACAUUCAUAAGUGAUGAGCUAGUUCAACACUUGAAGUCGUUAGAACACUGUGUACAUUGGAGCGUCUUAUGUGUUUCUUGUGGUUUACCAUGUGCAAAUGAUUGAUGGGAACAUUUCAUCAGUGUAAAUGGUGUCUUACUGAGAUUGCCUCUCUUUACUUAAUACUUAUGUGCAGCAUCAAAGCCAUAGAUAAAGGUCCAGGAGUGGCAACGUUAUUAUUGAAGUGUACAUUGUGGUGACACACACACGCAAAAAGUUUGUGGUAUGUAUUUUCUCAGUGUUGAAUGCAAGUAUUUGUAAGGCACAGAAAUAAAUGUUUUGAACACAA